CAGCUACUGAGGGAAGAGCUUUAAUGAAACUCUAGGCACCAAACUGUUGUUCUAUUUACAUCUGCAAGAGAAUUGUGGGGUACCAACUUGAAAUAUGAAGAUUAUAAUUUUACUUCUUUCCCUUUUGGGGCUGACGUUCUCCAUACCAAUCAACCACAUUGGUGGGAUUCUGGCUACAAGCAGCAGCAAAGAAAUAUUGCGCCUGUUGCAAAGGUAUAUAGCCGUCGGUAACACUCCACAGCAAGCUCAGUCCCGGCAAAGAGCUGUACUGCCUCCAGCAAAGCUGGUUCCAGAUCCAAACCUACCGGGAAAUCAGCCUCCAAAUGUGAACUUUCCUGUCUUCAGCCUACCACAGAAUCAGGUGUUCCCGAUAGACAUGAAUUAUCUUUCUACUCUCCUAGGAAUAUUAUCCACACUACAAACAUUGCCUCUAGUUGGUGGGGGAAUGACUGUACCACAGCAGCUACCACCAGGGCAAGCAAUGCUGCCAAUUAUAGUUACACAGAUGGGACCACAGGGUGCAGUGCUCAGCUCUGAGGAAAUGUCACCUUCACAGUUUUUCACUGGGCUUCUCCUUCCUGGCAUGCAAGGAGCUAUGUUCCCUUCAGGCCAAGCUGAACCCCCUCCUGAAGGUCAAGAUGGAUUUCUUCCAGUGGGCCAGGCCAAUCCUGAAGGCACAGCAGCGGGCAUCCAGAAGGUCUUCCCCACAGCCACUGAUGGGCUGAGUGAGAUUCCAGGCGAAUUGUACCCAACUCCCUCUGGCUUCAGACAGCCAGACACUGGGACAAGUGGCAUGUUUGUAGAACCAACUGCGGACAUUAAUAUGGAACCAAGUGAGCUUCGGGAACCACCCACCUCUCUUGUAAAAUUCGAUAUGGGUAAUAUGCAGAAUCCUCAGAAUCUCUCUCAACCACUUGUGAGAGGAGACAGCCACAUACCCAUGAACACUGUAGCUAGUAAGCCUCUGAAUGUGCCCUGACCUCUGGGUGACAGCAGCUCUUCAAUUCAGGCUAGGAGUGGCAAGAAGUCUUUUUUAUUUUGGGUUUAAGAAACAAAGCAUGAUUUCUUCAAAAGAUGUGGGCAUUUUCAGAUCAGACAUCCAAAACAACUACAGCAGUAUGUAAUUCCAGUGACAGAUCUUAAUAAUCUGGAAUUUUUAUUUUAUGAGGAAAAAAGUUUGCUAGCUUCACAUUUAUUCCUUAGCAAUGUAUCUGGCCAGUUUAGUACUCUAUGUAACCAUUGCUAUAAACUAGUUUUCUCCAAACUAGCAUCUUUCAGAUACUAUAUACUAAGUGCCUGAACCUGCAUGGUUUUUAAAAAUGUUAAGUAGCACUCUACGCACAAAGGAAGAAAUGUCUGAUCCAGACAUGUAUGAAAGAGGAUGUGGCAUCAUUUUUUUAAAAAAAAUGAAUAGCAAUAGCCCAUCCUCCCAUGCUUCCCAACCCCUCUCCAGAUCAUGUCAAGUACUGGAGUUAAUCUCAAUAUUUCAACAUGCUUCUUCUUUGUGCAUUCCCACUAUUAUUUUACUUCUACUUGCCUCUCUUUUUGUCCUCUGGGCAAAUUUCAAAGUAGAGAAUUUGACAAUUUCAAUGGUAAUGAGAGAGAUUAUAUUUCCCCUUCCCCCCCCAAAUCAAAUGGAUUAAUAUAGUUUAUCUGAGCUAUAUGAUUAUUUUUCCAGCUGGAUAUAUAACCUGGAACUAAACUUUAUGUACCUUAAUGUCUUAUUAAAAAAGAAAGAAAAGACUGCCAUAUGAAAUGAAUUCUAUUAAAUAAUUCUAUUAUCUAACCAAAUAAUUAGAGGUUGUUAAUUCAAUCACUUCAUUAUAUUCUGUGGUUUGAUCUGAUGGGGGGAUACCAUGCCAUCAAUUUUCUGUUUUUUCGUUUGAGAAUCUAAUUGUGCCAUGCUAUAUAUAUUUUACAUUUUUGCUGACAGUGCAUUAUGAACAUUAUAUCAAUAAAGGUAUUUUCCAAUGCA